AUGUCAUCUGAAAAACUGCCAUUCGAGGCAGCUAUGAACAAAGCUGGUUUUGGGCUCUACGGAGUCAUGACGACCGUUGUCUCAGGAUUAACUAUGAUCGCAUAUGCCAGCAUCAUCUACGGCGGUACUUUCAUAGUGCCGACGAGCGCCUGCGAGCUAGGCACUACCCCUAGUCAACAAGGAAUUUUAGCUGCCGGACCUAUGGCUGGUCUACUUCUUGGUUCAAUGGUAUGGAGUUACUACGCCGAUAAACGUGGACGACGCUCCAUGAUACUUAUUGCACUUAUUCUCAGCGCAGUUUUUAAUACCAUCGGCACCAUUUCUGUUAACUGGAUCAUGCUGAUGAUCUGCCAGUUUAUAGCGGCUUUUCUAGCUUCAGGAUUAUAUUCAAUGUCGAUGACCUAUCUCAGCGAGAGCGUCCCCAUGUCUAGAAGACGCUCCGCCAUACUUAUUGUAUCCAGUGUUUUGCUCUUAACACAAGGAAUUUUGGCCUUAAUGGCGAUGCCCAUUGUUCCCUUAAGAUUCUCAUACUAUUUAUCGGGUCUUGGCAUCUAUUGGAACUCAUGGCGUUUGCUAAUGUUGACAUUCUCCGUACCGCAAAUUAUCACUGCUAUUUGCUACUACUUCAUGCAGGAGAGCCCUAAGUUUGUAUUCACAAAUGGAGAUGAAGCUAAAGCUCUGGAAAUCUUGGAAGCUAUUUAUCGUAUUAAUAAAAGGAAUUCAAAUGAAGAGCUGCAGGUUAAAUGUCUACUAAGAGAUGAGGUUUCAGUAAAUGACGAAUCUACUUCAGGAGAGAAAGUAUCGCUGUUCAAGAUGCCUCUCCUCAAGUACACAAUUAUUAUGCUCACUCUCAAUAUUGCCCAACAGAUCUCUUCGUUCGUGAUAUGGUUACCCAAAAUUGCAGACCACUUCGUGCGUAUUUUACAAACUGGUGACAAAACAGAUCUCACCAUGUGCCAAGUAUUGCAUAUGGAAUCUACUCACCUUGAUCCUAAUGCUACACCUUGUGCUCUGGACGUGACUGCUCUACUGAUAGUACUAGGAAAUGGAGGCUUGCAAGUUGCUUUUAACAUAUGCAUGGGUUUUCUGAUCGACUUCGUCGGCCGUCGCAAUAUGGUCAUGAUCAUAUUCGUAUUGUGUGGAGGGAGCGGCAUCCUCGUGAACCUGGUCCCAAAUAUCAUCGCAGGUGCUAUGCUAUUCAUCUUCAUGCUUAUGGGAGUCGUUAUUGUUGGACUGUGCACGACCAUCUGUGUGGAUUUAUAUCCUACUAAUUUGAGAGCACUGGCCAUCUCUGUUACGAUGACAGCUCAGUCUAUCGCCAUGAUCGCAUCGAUUCAGAUACUCAACGUACUAUUGCUGAACCACUGUGACGCUGGAUUUUAUUUCUUUAGCAGUUUUUUUGCCUUGGCAGCAAUCGUGACAUCGUUUCUGCCAAAUGACCGAAAUCCCGUCAGUAUGCAUUCAAAAAUGUCCGACUUACAAGAAAAUCAUCUAAUCGAAAGGCCACGCAGAAGAACCUCUAUUUUCGAAUAA